AUGGAUAGUUCACCUGAUCUAUCUUUAAAAUUGCGUCGCGGUUCAAGCGAUUCGCGUGAUACAUUUUACAUGGAUUUUGCUCAAGGCAUUGAUUCGGAUAUUGAAGAAGUUGAUAAUAGCGCAAUCGCGCGUGAACCACAACAACCACCUACUCCACCACUACCAAUACCACAAGAUAUUUUGGAUGCUGAAAUUGCUGCUAUGGCUCAAAUGAUACCACCACCUCCACAAACAACAUCAGCUAUGACCAUGCAACCAACACAUUUGCCUACUUUAAGUGAGCAUGAUGACUUGCCACCAACACCACCACCACAACUAUCAAGUACAGCUAUGUCUUCACCGCCAGCAUCUCCAACAAAUUCUGUUUUGGAAAUGAUACCACCACCACCUAUGUCGCCACCUAUAGCUGCACCAAUGCGUUUUGCAUCUUCGCCACCUAUCGAAACAGAAGAUGAAGGUGAUGAUGGCGAUGCUGAUGAACCGGAUGACGCAGAUGAAGAAGAUAAUGAUGAUGAUGACGAGUAUAAAUCAACUCCUCCACCACCUUUACCACCACUACCCUCAAAUUUGUCUUACAUACACGGUAGUGGUGGACCACAUGUUUCACCUAUAGCCAGUACAGCACCUCUUUCACCAUCGAUCACAAAAUCACCUUCAACUUCGCCAUCACCACCAAUUACGCCACCUGUUUUAACAAAAUUUACCUCACCACCAGUUGCUUAUGUGCCGCCAACACAUGUGCCAACAACACCACCUUCAGAAAGUGAUCAAUCGCAACCAAACUCUCCACCACCAUUACCACCACAUCAUGACACACCGCCGCAACCAAUUUCACCGAAAAGCAUAAGCGCUGAAUUGAGUGCACCAAGCCCACCACCACUUUAUGAUGAAACUAAUGAAAUGAUUGCUGCUGUAUUGGCAGCUGCGGUAGAGGCAACAGCAGAUUUUGUGCCACCUGCCCCUUAUCAAAUGCCUGACGAAAAUAAAUCUUUAAAUGAUGAUGAAUCAACUACUAUCACAACACCACCCAGCAAUGGUUAUUCAGGUUCUUCUAUACUUGCACCAACCAGUGAGCAUUUAGGUGAAUUAGAAAAAGAUGCUGGACUUGUUUUAGCUGAUAUACCACCACCGCCAGGCUUAGAAGAUGAGCCUGAAAUGGAUGAAGAAGCUUCUGGAGAAAAAACACCAAUUUCAGAGCAGCAACCAGAUGAUGUUGUGACAGAAGAUCAAAUCACGCGUGACAUACCUAUUGAUGAGGAGGCCGAAGAACCAGGCACACCUACACAACAAACAACAUCAAUUGCUUCAGGCUCACUUAAACGUAGCGGCAGCAUUGGUGGUGCAACUAGUCAUGCAGCUAGUCGCAGCGUCAGUCGCAGCGGUAGUCGCAGUGGUAGCCGCAAAUCAAGUCGCAGUGGCAGUGUACGCGGGAGUAUCGGUUCACGUGCUGGUAGUAUUGCAGCCGGUUCAGUAGCCUCAGCAGCAGCAUCUAUUGCUUCAGGUGUGCAACAAGGCGUUGUGACAUCGCCACAAGCUUCGAUAAAAUCAUUACGUAGCCAACAAUCAAUCAAAUCACAACAUUCAAAACAUAGCAUUCCACCAAUUGUCAGGAGUCCACCUCUAUCUGCACGUAUGCAAAGUCCACCGGAAGGAGACGGUGCACCAAUAAUGCCCACACCACCAAUGAUGCGUAGCCCACCCCCAGUCAAAAGUCCACCGGUUAUGCAUAGCCCACCAAUAGUCACCAGCCCACCUAGGGUUUAUAGUCCACCAUUGGUCAGCAGUCCGCCAAUGCGUAAAUCCAUUAUCGAAACAACGGAGACUGAUAAAGCUGGAAUGCCAGAAAAAAGCAUUGAUUCUACUAUAACAGCUGCUCCAACAACUAGUGAAAGUGUUACAGCAGCGGCAGUAACAGCAACAGCAGCCGCGGCAACUACACUCAACUAUCAGGAUGAGCAUGUAGUGCGUCCACAUUUAACCAGUCAUCACCACUAUCAUUUGCCACAUCAAUUUCAGCAUCCACAUCAUCAAAAUCAUCAUCCACACAUACACGGCAGUGUGCCCGUACCAACACCGACAGUACCCGCUUCAUAUGCUACGACUCAUAUACUAAACGAAACACGUCACAUUCGAGCUGCUAGUGGCGGCCCGCCAACAGAUGAUGAUGGUAAUGGUGCAGAUUCCAUAGGACGACGAACACCCCCAACGGUUGCACCAUCACCAAAUUUAUUGCUGCCAUCAGAAACAGCAUCGCAUACAUCAGUUUCACCCGCAAAGUCUACUGCACGCAUGCGUGACUCUACUUCACAGCAUCGAGUAACAAUUGACGAAUCAAAUCUACCAGUUUCUUCAACACUGACUCAUCAACCGAUAGACGUGACUGGUAGCGGUUCUGACGGUGGCGACGGUUCAGGACCACCAACACCAGGCAGCUCCUCACAACAAUUAGAUAGUGUGGUUAACGAAAGACAAACUGGUCACUUAGCACUCAUGUAUCACUCAUCACAAUUAACAAGUUAUCCGGUGUUGCCGGCUAUUAAGCGUACACAUCGACCAUCUUUCAUAUAUCCACCAAUGCCAAGAGUGAGAGCUGGCGAUGCAUUGGCAACUCUUUUCUCAGCGCUUUAUGGAAAAUUAUUGGUGGUUAUGGGUAUUGCCUUCCCAAUGGCUGAGGUUAUAUCUACUUAUAUACCACCUUCGUUUUAUGAGGUUUAUUAUUUGUAUUUAUACAUUGGCAGCAUGAUAUUUUUAUUCUUCAUGUACACAACAUUAAUAUGGGGCAGACCGAAAAUCCCGGUUAACAUUGCAUCGCCCACAAAAUCAAAGGCAAAAGCUCGCGCCAGCAACUCCUCGGAAAGCAUGGACGAAUCGGACACUGACAGCAAUUCGAUACACAACAAACACAUACCAGUCGCACUGCCAGCGGCUAGGAGGCCCUCACUGCUGGCACCACUCGGAGGGCAACACCACUACGGUAGCUUUUAUCUGCGUAUGGGAGCGGUGGCUUUUGGUAUUGGCAGUAUGAUUUAUUCGGGCUUGGAAUUUGGUCAAUAUUUCGAACUGAAUCCUGAUACGAAAUGUCAUAAUGUUUUGCUGGCUCUGACCCCCGCAACACGCAUGGCAUUCAUUUUCAUACAAAUGUAUUUCAUCUUUUUGAAUAAUGAGCAAAUCAAAGUAUAUCGCUACAAAAUCAUCGCACGUUUCGGUUUGAUGCAUAUGAUUGGAACCAAUUUAGCGGUCUGGCUGAACGUAUUAAUACAGGAAACCAAACACGAAAUAUUGACCUUUUACAAUCCUGAAAAUCGUACAUUACGUAUAUCUCAUCGCAUACCAGGUCAUUCACGUGGACAUGGCGGACAUGCGCUCAUGGCCAGUGAUCCCACCGCACACCUGCGUCUACCACGUGGACUUAAAGGACCAUAUCAGAUCUUCGAAUGUCGCCGUACUAAUAUAAUUGGUACCUUAGUGCAAGAUGCUUCUCCAUUUCUCUUCCCAUGCACCAUUGAAUACUCGUUAAUUUGCGCAGCCAUUUUGUAUGUUAUGUGGCGUGGCAUUUCGCGACCACAGUCACCAACGCCACAACGACCCGAUACGAUAAGUUCGCCUUUAAAACGAUCACCACAUCAUUACUCUGUAGACUGCGCACGUGCACACAAGGGGCUCUUUGUUGGUAUACUGAUCCUAGUACUCACCAUCAUAUCGCUUAUACUUUUCUUUGUGCUGAUUUCGCGUCCAGAUUUCGUAGCUUUGGCUGUUACUGAGGUGACUAUAUGUGAGUUACUCAUCUAUGGUACCGCGACAAUAGCUACUCUAGUGGGUAUGAUACAAAUACGUCAUUUGCAGUAUGAUGCUUAUCGUAGCUUCUCUUUGGAUGACAUAUUAUUAGUAGGCGCACAAACUGGCUCAUUUCUGUACAAUAUAUUCACUGUAAUUGCUGGACAUUUCACCAUACGUAGUGAUGAUAUGCUUGUGCCACUCAAUGCUUUGGCUUCUAUUGUGCAAACUGCCUGUCAGACUAUGUUUAUACUGGACGCAAGUCGACGACAAGCUGUGACACCUGAGCAUAUACGCAAAAAGCCAGGUCGUGAAAUUGUCACUUUCAUGUUAGUCGUUAAUCUGGCUAUGUGGGCUAUAAGUACGUUAGAGAAAUCACGCGCAGAAUCACAUCCCAUACAGCUUAACUUCUAUGGCUUGUGGGCGUGGACUAUUAUCACGCACGUAUCAAUGCCUUUAGCUAUAUUUUAUCGUUUCCAUUCAACAGUUUGUUUGUGCGAAAUCUGGAAGCGCGCCUAUAAACUAAAACCCACGUACAUGUGAGAAAUG